ACGGUCUUCCUUCGUUUGCUGUGCCAAGUGAAUAAUUAACAAUUAAAAUGGCCAACCAAAGCAAACUGUUGACUGUAAACAUUGACCCUGAAGUCAUGAAGAAGGUGGUGAAGGCGUUGGUCUCCAACGCACUGAUGAAGGCAGCGGGGUGGGCGGUGGGCACCGCUUUUGAGGCGGUGCUCGUCUCCCGCAGCCUCCAGCACACCGUCGGCGCCUGGCACGCCGCGGGGCCGCACACCACGAGAGUCGGGCAGGUGCGCCAGCUCCUGGCCGACCUCUGGGUGCUGGCCGCCCCGCGGGACCCCCUCAGGGAGUGCGGCGUCCUUGCCGGCCAUGACGGCUGGUGGACGGUGUUCUGGGGCCUGGGGGAGGCGGGGGAGCGCCUCGCCUGCCUUCAGCAGAGGGUGGCGCUGGCCCACGAGGAGCACGAGGCCUUCACGAGAAACCUUGUGCGGGUCUGCGUGCUGCUCUUCACGGGCCUUGCGGGCUGGGCGCUGUGUGCGCUGCGGGGGGCGCGGCGACCACGGGAAACGGUGGCCGCUGCGGGCACUGCGGCGUGCACGGCGGGCCCAGAGGAGGAGGAGGAGUUUGCCUCGGCCGAGGAGGAGGAGGAGGGGGAGUACGCCUCGGCUGAGGAGGAGGAGGAGGAGGAGUAUGCCUCAGCUGAGGAGGAGGAGGAGCUGGAGGGGGAGUAUGCCUCGGCUGAGGAGGAGGAGGAGGAGGAGUACGCCUCGGCUGAGGAGGAGGAGGAGGAGGAGUAUGCCUCAGCUGAGGAGGAGGAGGAGGAGGAGGAGGAGGAGGAGGAGGAGGAGGAGGAGGAGAAAGAGGAGGAGAAAGAGGAGGAGGAGGAGAUAGAGUUUGCCUCACCUCUGGAGGAAGAAGAGAAGAAGCCUGAGGAUGCCACUGAAGUUGACACGAAGUUGCACGAAGAUGUAACCUGCACAGAAGAGGUGGCGAGCGUGACGGCUGUUCUGGAAGGCGAAGAUUCACGGCCAUCUGAAGACCCUCUGGAGGACAAGGUCGAGGACCGUCAGGAGGAAGUGCCUGACAGCCUCAGCGAUGCCUCCCAUCCGCCUCGUCCCGCCCAGCAAAACAAGGAAGUGGCGGCCAAGACCUGGGCCGAGGAGGUGGACGCCGCCUUCCCUGUCCCCGAAGAGUGCCUGCAGCACUUCGGCCCCGACGAGUGGUCGCUGGUGACCGGCCACAAGAAGAACCGAGGGAAGCACCAAGACGCGACGGGCCAGCAGGACGACACUCAGACCUGCUGCAGGCACUCAGGCACGCAGGCACCACCUUCAGGCACACAGGGCCGCCCUUCAGGCACACAGGGCCGCCCUUCAGGCACACAGGGCCGCCCUUCAGGCACACAGUCCCUACCUGCAGGGACUCAGCUCCAGGGUUCAAAGAGUCAAGGCCGCCCUUCAGGCGCGCGCAGAAGACAUCGUAAGCGCGCUUCAGGCACCCCGGGGCAGAAAGUGUCACCAAGAGCCCAGACUUACACUGUGGGGCCCCAGCCCGCGCCCCUCACCCGGUGCUGGGCCGCGGUGGUGAAGGCGGCCAGGCCCGAGGCGGCGGUGACACCCUGCCCUCCUAACACCCAGGCCCGCUCCUUAGGCACUCAGAGUCGCCCUUCAGGCAACCAGGCCCGUCAUCCAGGCAACCAGGCCCGUCAUCCAGGCAACCAGGCCCGUCAUCCAGGCAACCAGGCCCGUCAUCCAGGCAACCAGGCCCGUCAUCCAGGCAACCAGGCCCGCCAUCCAGGCAACCAGGCCCGUCAUCCAGGCAACCAGGCCCGUCAUCCAGGCAACCAGGCCCGUCAUCCAGGCAACCAGGCCCGUCAUCCAGGCAACCAGGCCCGUCAUCCAGGCAACCAGGCCCGUCAUCCAGGCAACCAGGCCCGUCAUCCAGGCAACCAGGCCCGCCAUCCAGGCAACCAGGCCCGUCAUCCAGGCAACCAGGCCCGUCAUCCAGGCAACCAGGCCCGUCAUCCAGGCAACCAGGCCCGUCAUCCAGGCAACCAGGCCCGUCAUCCAGGCAACCAGGCCCGUCAUCCAGGCAACCAGGCCCGUCAUCCAGGCAACCAGGCCCGCCAUCCAGGCAACCAGGCCCGUCAUCCAGGCAACCAGGCCCGCCAUCCAGGCAACCAGGCCCGCCAUCCAGGCAACCAGGCCCGUCAUCCAGGCAACCAGGCCCGCCAUCCAGGCAACCAGGCCCGUCAUCCAGGCAACCAGGCCCGCCAUCCAGGCAACCAGUCCGGCCCUUCAGUUCAGGGUCCACCUCAUGGUUAGUUCCACGCCUGAUGAUGAUGACAAAAGUUUCAUUUGAAGGGAGUUUCACAAUUUUCUGUAUAUCUCAUGAUUUCUUGACUUCACAAUUUACCAGACUUAUCAGAGUUUAAUAUUUUAGGG